CAAUGGCGCUUACGCAAGCUGUAAAUAUUACUACAAGAUACUAUCAUUCCUAACAUCUCCUUGCAUCCUAAUCAGCAGUGUGUUUCUUGGUUUGUGUCUAAUCCCAUUUUUUUGUUGACAGCAGCUUCUGGCCUUUGGGGCUAACACGCAGGCACAACGCACCCUAUUCGCUACGGUUCUUGGAGCGCGGGCAUCCGAACGAAAUCCAAACAAGCAAGCCACUGUCACCGCAUCUCCCAAAGCACCACAACAACAGCCCCGCGAAAGGCAAUCACCCAAACCAUAAUAAUAAAUAGUUCAACAGACAACAUGGCUGAGUCUACCUCUCCAAUUCCCUUCAAGCGUCUCGAGCAGAUUGCUUCCGAUGCCUGCAACAGCGUUCUCGAGAACGUCGAGUUUUACGAGCACCCCAAGACCGCAGGAUGGAAUGAGACCAUUAUCCAAAAAGUCCUCAAGGCGCUAAUGUCCGAGGCCACCCCCGCCGGCGCCUCAUCCCCCCAGUACAAGUUUGCCAUCAACAGCACCAUCGUCCAGCACGUCGUCCCCACCUCCCAGCUCAACAAGCCGACAAGUACAGGCACCACCGACGCCGAGGCUGCUGCCGCGACGAAGAAGCAGGCUGGCCGCCGGGGCAUGCACAGCGCGACGGGCGGUUACUGGAACGAGAAGACGGAUGGAAUGUGGAGCUACAAGUGGGAUGGCGAUGCCAAGGGGCUGGAUGUGGUGUUGAUGCUUAUCUGGAUUGCCGUUUAGGGAGUCAUGGACCUGGAGA